GUAAGACUGUAAGAGUGAUCAUGGGUUCAGGUUUAGAGAGUGGGUGGGCAUUUUCUUUAACUCUAGCCGCCAAAUGCAAAGCUAUUGAUCCUUCUCGUCUCCUUCUACUAACCACUGCUAUCCUCUUCUUCUACUUUGUCACUUCUCUCAUCUACUGGUCCUUCCCUGGUGGCCCAGCCUGGGGUAGAUCACUCAUAAGAUCACACCGGAGAACCAUGAUCAUAACCAACAACAACAACCAUAUCCCUGGUCCUAAAGGUCUCCCUAUAAUUGGCAGCAUCAAUCUCAUGCAUGGCCUUGCUCACCGCCACCUUUUUAACAUAUCUCAAACCAUGCAUGCAACUAGACUCAUGGCUUUCAGCCUUGGCUACACUCGUGUCAUCAUCACUUCCAACCAUGAUGUUGCCAGAGAGAUCCUCAACCAUUCGGCUUUCGCUGACCGUCCGAUCAAAGAAUCCGCUUAUGGUCUCAUGUUCAAUCGUGCUAUCGGCUUCGCUCCUUACGGCGUUUACUGGCGUACUCUUCGCCGCAUCGCAGCCACUCAUCUUUUUUCCCCAAAACAAAUCUCCUUAUCAGGCCACCACCGUGCCGACAUCGCUCAUUCGAUGAUUGAAACACUUGGAUUAAUCUCCUCCUCUUCUUCCACUAGUAAUGUUACUAUCCGUGUUCGCGAUGUCCUUAAACGUGCUUCGUUGAUCAACGUCAUGGCUUCGGUGUUUGGCCGGAGGUAUGAGCUUGGUGGUAGUGAGUGUGAGGAGAUGAAGGAGUUGAGAAGCUUAGUUGAGGAAGGGUAUGAUCUAUUGGGCAAGAUCAACUGGUCUGACCACCUUCCUUUCUUGGUUGGGUUCGACCUUCAAGGAAUCAGGUUCAGGUGCUCCAAGCUCGUCCCUCGGGUUAACCAUUUCGUUAAUCGGAUCAUCCACCAACACCGGAUCCGACCCGCUAGCUCCUCUCCUGAUUUCGUCGACGUUCUGCUGUCCUUGCAGGGCUCCGACCGUUUAUCCGAUCCCGACAUGGUCGCUGUCCUCUGGGAAAUGAUAUUUCGGGGUACGGACACCGUGGCGGUGUUGAUAGAGUGGGUGAUGGCGAGGCUGGUGAAGCAUAAGGAAGUGCAGGAGAAGGUGCAUGAGGAGCUGGAUAGGGUGGUGGGGAGACACCGGGCGGUGACGGAAUCCGAGACGAGUUCACUGGUUUACUUGAACGCGGUGAUAAAGGAGGUGCUCCGACUCCACCCGCCGGGCCCACUGUUAUCGUGGGCCAGGCUUGCCACGAGGGAUGUACACGUGGACGGGAAGCUUGUGCCGGAGGGGACCACAGCGAUGGUGAACAUGUGGGCCAUCAUGCAUGACCCGCACGUGUGGGAGAACCCGAACGAGUUCCGGCCCGAUAGGUUCGUCGGGCCGGGCCGAGCUGAGUUUCCUGUUUUCGGGUCGGAUCUUAGGCUGGCGCCGUUCGGGUCGGGCCGGAGGAGUUGCCCGGGAAAAGGGCUGGCGUUGACCACGGUGAGUUACUGGGUGGCGGCGCUGAUGCAUGAGUUCGAGUGGGAUGCGCCACGUGUUGACUUGUCAGAGGUUCUCAGGCUCACGUGUGAGAUGGCGAUCCCACUCACUGUUACCCUGCGCCCUCGGCGCAGGUUAAACUAAACCCUCAUCGCUGGCUUUGCAUGCAUGGUCUUUAUUAUUAUUAUUAUUAUUAUUAUUAUGAUUAUAGUUUUAUUCCUUCUGUUUUUAGGUUUUUUUUUCCCUUAACUUUUUCUCUUUGUUUUUGUUUUUCAG